AUGACCAACAAAACUCCUCACGUUCCCCACAUCCACCUCUUAUGCAUGGAAGAACACUUCAGCGAUGCCUUCACUAUUGCACGCAAGAGCCGCAAACUGCCUGACUCUGUCUCAAUCGAUAUACAUAACUGCGCUCUAUCCCAGCUCUCAAGCAAAGUCAAAUUCGACACCGUCGUCUCACCCGCCAAUUCCUACGGUCGUCUUGACGGUGCUUUUGAUGACGCUAUUUCUCGACAGUUCUCACCACGCGAUGAUUACCAUGCUCUUACUGGCGUUGCUCAAGCUCAACUAUACAAGACGUGGCGGGGAUUUGCGCCACCAGGUACAUGCACUUUGGUAGAAAUUCCGAAGGAGUUUGAGGCAAGAUCGCGGAAUGUUUAUGGGACACGUCGUGUUGCGCUUUGUCCGACGAUGCGGAUGCCUGCUGACGUGAGAUGGGACAAAGAGGUUGUGUACGAGUGUAUCUGGAGUUUGCUUUGUGCGAUCGACAACCACAAUCGCGUGGCGUCCGAAUAUGAUCAGAUUCAGAGUGUUCUUAUGACUCCAUUGGCAACAGGUGUUGGAAGGGUCAGCCCAGAGAAGUGGGCUUUGCAGACUGUUCUGGCGAUGAAGCAUUUUGUGGAGGCUUCUGAGAAUCCGGAGACAUGGAGUUCUUUGCAAUGGGCUGAUCUCGGCAGAACGUGUGCUGAGACACAACUUACCUGGACAAAAUAG